AUGUUUUUUCUCGGCGUCUUGCUCAGUCUCUUCUUGUUGGGCGCUGUUGCACAGCGUCUAGAUGAGGACUUGCGCUCGUUUGUCACUCUUCCAGAAGUCCGCGCUCUGAGAUUCAAUAUCACACAUGUCGACCGAGAACAAGUUUCACCAGGAUACUGGUUCGUUGCGCCUUACGGACAAGUUGAUCCGGAAGAACCCACCACAAAGUAUAUGCAAUACCAAGUCGGACCGUACAUAUAUGACACCGAUGGUGAACUCAUUUGGGCAGGUUCUCCAGUGACCGACAAUCGCAACACAUUUGACUUCAGGGCGAAUUGGAACAUCGACGGGGACCCACACCUCUCUUUCAUCGUUCAGCACGAAUACGACCGCGAUGCGGAUAAAGGAAGAGGUGUGAUUAUGGGGAAUGACUACGAGCUCGAACGUGAGGUUGGAGCGGCCGAUGAUCUUAAUGCAUUCGAUAUGCACGAAUUUAAAAUCUUGGACGGUGGAAAGACUGCUCUAGCCUGCACCACCAAACCGCAGCAGAUCAACCUAGCCGACUUUGACCGACCUGAAGAGGAGAGUUGGGUCGUUGUCGGCGGGUUCGUUGAGAUAGAUAUCGAAAAUUCCGAGAUUCUAUUCGAAUGGGACUCCUACGACAAACUGUCGCUUACCGAAUCCGUUAAAUUCAUUGCGGACGAUGAAGUGCUCAAUGAACCCGGGUGGGAUUACGUGCACAUCAAUUCAGUCGACAAAAACUCUGACGGCGACUACAUUAUCUCGAUGCGCUUCACAAACACAAUUUAUCUUGUUUCUGGCAAAGACGGCGAAAUCAUGUGGCGCCUGGGGGGUAAAGAGAGUGACUUUGAGCAGGACUUCAGCUUCACCAGGCAACACGAUGUCAAGUUUGUCAAAACUAACAACACUCAUCAUGUUAUUUCUUUCAUGAAUAAUGCAGCGGAUGAACUUCACACCGAGGGUGAGAUUACAUCUGCUCUUUUUGUGGAACUUGAUAUCAGCAGCUCUCCUAUGACCGCGACGGUUAUGAACCGCAUGAACCACCCUGAUGGCAAUUUCACCCGUUUCGGUGGUAACAUUCAACAACUUUCGAAUGGAAAUAUCUUUGUUGGAUGGAAUGAGAAAGGCUACAUGAGUGAAUAUGGACCUGAUGGUGAUCUUAUCAUGUCAGCUCGUUUCUCAUCGGAUCGCUAUGCAAGCUACCGCUCUUAUAAGUUUGAUUGGAUUGGUCAACCAACCACACCACCAGAUCUAGCCACUUCUGUAUACGGUGCCGACGAUCAGGAAAUGAUAACCGUCAUGCAUGUCAGCUGGAACGGCGCAACCGAUGUGGCUCGUUGGGAAUUCUAUGCUCGAUCUUAUGAGCAUGGCAGGGAUGUUUUAAUCGCCACCACAAACAAAACAUCCUUCGAAACGAUGUAUAUGACCGAGGGAUAUAUGGAUUGGGUGACCGCAAAAGCUAUUGAUGAAAAUGGCAACGUCUUGGGAAUAUCAGAAGUCUGUCGUUCAGAAGUUCCAGACUGGGAAGCGGUUGGUUUUGCUGGCCAGUCCUCUCAUCCCAAAGCCGACGACCCAGAAAUCCUACAAAAUAUUCGGGAGAAGCUUGACUCUGGCGAAUACGGGGAUCUCUACGACGAUAAUACCACCGACGAAGACCGCAAAGCCGCAGUACACUCCGCCACAACAGAAGUUGCAGAAUCCGUUUACAAGGCUUAUGGAAUGAUCCAAAUGCUGGAGAACAUCACCAUCGGUGUAUUGACUAUGUUUUGCAUCGGUGGUAUUCUCGCCGGUGUUUGGUACGUCCGUUGUCGCAAAAUGCGCUCUUACCAGCAUCUCCCGACGGACGAGGCUUCCAUUGGAGAAGACGCCAGCAAAGCCGAUUAA